AUGUCUGCGUCCGCGAGUGACGACUCUCGAUCGCUACCGCGGUCGCAGGCGGUAGCGGAGACUCCUGUGUCUAAUGCUUCCAUCGGGGAGCUAUUGCUUAAAUUGAGCGAUCAGCUAAGGGAGUCAGAGGCUAGGUUCACUGUUUUUGCGGGUGAGCAGCGACGCACUAAUUGCGAAUUAAACGAUAAAUUAAAUCUGCUUAAUAGCAUAGCGAGUAAUGUAGAGCGUAAUAGUCAGCGGAUUGCUGCGUUGGAGCAUCAAUGUACUGCUCUUGCAAAUGAAGUACGCAACCUGAAGUCUGAGCAUAGACCUGUAUCUGAUCAAUCUGAUAAUUCGCUCAUUCUUUCUGGUGUCCCAGCUACAAUGCCCAUCACUCCAAUGGCCUGCGCUCGCAACAUGUUUACGGCCCUUGAAAUUCCUGAACUGUCGUGCCAUAUCUUAGACGCAAGAAUCAUUCGCAAGACUCAAUCCGCGAUAGCUAGCGAUCGACCGUUGCCUGUUUCCGUAACCGACUCAAUUAUUGUUACUUUGACCUCGCGUGCGGCUCGUGAUACUGUCAUAACCAAGAAGCGUGUAAGACGUGCGCUUCUUCAGAGGGAAAUUUGCGGCAAUGACUCCGAUCGUGGUGUUUACGUGAAUGAGCUUCUCCCUAAGAAUACCUAUGAGUUGCUUAAGAUUACUAAAAGUAUUGCCAAAGAAAAAUCUUACAAGUAUGUUUGGGUUAGGGACGGCCAUAUUCGCGUUAGGCGUUCCGACGGUGAGCCGAUCGUUCACAUCGAAUCUGAAACUGAUUUGGAUAGGCUCAUUUGA